AUAAAAACAAAUAAUAUUCGCAAAAAAGAAUCUCUCAUAUAUUAUUAAAAUAUUUGGUUAAUGAAAAUAUUCUCUAUAUUUUUGUCUAUCAUGCUAUUAUUAUAUAUAUAUAUGUGAUAAAUGCUCCGCAGUAGCGAGCAAAAAACAUUGGUGUACGUGAGUUUCGUGCGGAGAAAUAAUGAGAGAUACGAGCAAAGCAAGGUGAGGUGCACACGCGGGUCAGCUCGUGUGGAGAAUUUUAGGAGUGGGGAAAGUCGAAAAGAAGAGCGGGAAGGAGUGUCGAAGUGUCGUGGUAACUCUGCAACUCGCGUUUAUAUACCUCUGAAGUAUCGACUAUACUAUAUGUACGAAAGCGAAUGGUGAUCGGGGAGUAAACAAUCGGCAACUGUCGACGCGAUCGGGUGCGCGAGAGCCAGAAGCUCUGAGUGUACUAUUUAACUAUUGAAUUUAUUUUCGCGCGUACGUGUGUGCCGAUACACUAAAAUAAAAAUAAAUGAAUAUAAAAAUAAUCUAAAAACAACAAUAUCAAAGAUGUUUACGCGUAUGUGUGUUCUUAUGAAUAUUCGUAGGUCAUCCAUUCGAUGCAACGCGACCAGUUUUUUUUAACACAAGUCAAACGUAAUGAGUUAGUAAUUUAUACGAAGAAGUGCUCGAUCUUGUACGAGAAGAACUUUUAUAUUUUUCACUGAAAUAUGAUUUCACGGACGCUAUACAAAGCGUGGUUUAUGCGUUGGAAAUGAAGCGUUGAAUUUACUCGCUAAUAGCGCCUCGAAUGUGAUCGAAAGAAAAGAAACAGGAAAAAAAUGUUAAUUGAGACAUCGUUCAAUUAUGUGUGAUUGCGGAAAAAUUCACGGGCUUGUGUUGUGCUUUGCCUAACGUGUCUUCACCUCGCUCGGUGUGUAUACACACGUCGUCAGUGCUAUUCACUUGCUAAAAAAAUAGUGUAUGGGUGCCAAGGUCAAACGGAUACGAAGACAUAAUACAGAGGACACAAAAAGUAUACAAAGCCCGUUCGGAUCGAGCGCGAUACGAAACUUGUGCUCUCCUCUAAUAAUCGCUUCUCGAAAUAUCAGUUUACUCGAAUUUUCACAACGCCAACGAACUCUUUCUCCUUGCAUGGGGAUGAAAUAUUUGUGUAUCUACGAUGCGUACAGGGCACGACAUCGCGAGUGUACAUUUAGUUGUGGAUAACACUGAAUUAUGAGGAGAUAAAUGAGGGUAAACCAGGUGAAAAGUUAUAAACACUGCGAAAAGGUCGAGGAAGAUGAAAAGGCUUGUCUAAUAUGAGCAGAAUCGAAGUUGCCAUAUUUCGAUGUACCAAUUCAUGGUAACCACGACAAGAAGCGGUUCGAGCUUCGUCAACGGCAGAACCGGAAACGCGAGCUUGAGAGGUACCACCGGUGCUGAAAUAUCGACGAUGUCUCUCACUUCCGGGACGAACAAAUGGGCCUCGCGAUUCGUCGUGGCUCUUCAACUCGCCGCUUGGAGCGCUGUUGGCAUUGUUCUUCUCGAAAAAGGGAUUGCCUCGUUGCAGAAACACAGCUUGGUCAAAGAUGGCUCGCUCAGGAAUAACGCUUCACAGCAUCAGGUAACGUCAAGAAGCUCGGCUGACGUUCUCUCGGUGAUCCCACUAGUGCCGGUCGAGACGCCCACGACAGCAGCAGCGUCGAAGGCUUCGUCCGAUGUUUCGGCCACGAGGACAAUCUCCUUAUGGAGUAGUGAAACUACGGAAGUGCCAGGAGCAACGAAAGACUCCUCGAGCUCGGUUUACGAUGAAAGCGCGCCGGGCACGCAGGCUGCAUCGACAAGCGAGAAAUCGACGCUGGAGGAGGGCAGGCUCGAGACCGGGGGCGAGAAAAUUAAUGCAAUCACUGAAAGUCGCAAGAACGAGCAAUCGAGGAUAUUCGAUGACGAAAGGAAGGUGAAGGAGGCGUCCGCAGGGUCCGUCGAGGGCCAAGGGAACGAUGGGCCGAGUCACACCUCGACGGAGACCCCAACGAGCCCUUUAACCGUCAAAGUAGUUUUGGCCAAUUCGGAAGAACCGAACGGAUGGUCAUCCUCGAACCGAAAACGCUUGCGACUCGCUCACGUUAACGGCGCCGGGAGCGGCGGAGCUGCUGCCGCAGUUGCCAUGGUCGCCGUUGGCGCCGUCAUGCUCGUUCUUGGGCCAGCUGUCAUCGUACUCCGUGCUCUGGAUGAACGGCGCCAGGAGAGAAGGUUCCUCAAACUCUCGGGCGAAGAGGAUCUUCCACCGAGUUACGAACAAGCCACUGGAGACACCGAACAGGCUCCAACCUAUUCGAGCCUGAAUCUCGAUACCAUUUCUUGAUCCUCGGAAUUGCGGAGCUUCCGGGAUUCUCAACCGGGUUCCAUUUACGUCCUUCCUAAAUCGAACGUCGCGCAUCGUCUCAUGUUUUAAGGAGGGUGGAUCGCGACGUUACUAUGUUGCCGUGCUAAACCAUGUUAAAAAUAUUAAGAAUUUCAAAAUUAUAAGAAUUCCAUAAAAUUUGGUAAAUGUAUUCUUUAAAUAUGUUGUAACGUUGUGGAAUACAACGUUCGUUCUCGUAACGUUGUAUUCCACAACGUUACAAUGUAUAAGACAAUAUACAUUUUUUUAGAUUUUUUUACCACAUAGCUCUCGAGUAAUUGAGCACUAAAGUUCACGUCUAUAAGCAUAGAGUUUACAUAUAUACAGGUAUACGUCUCUCGUGCAUAA